AUGAACGUCCCUUGGCAGCUCGACGAGCUUAUCACAUGGGUCCUUGACACCAACCCAGACAAACGCCUAAGCUUUGGUCAUAUCCAAGGGCCUCCAGCUUCAGCAAAGGCGAUCAGAAUACCAGUGGACAUCCUCAAUUCGCCUCGAAUUCGGGAUGGCGGCCAUACCUUAGUUGUGCAGGUUCUUCCCGACUUCAAGAAGAAUGCGGUGGUCCAAGGUCAAAACUCUUUGUCACCAAACCUUCACCUUGAGACAUGUCAAACUAAGCGGAGGCUGAUUGUCUCAUUACCCUACGUAGCUUCAGAACGAAUACUUUUUAUCAUCGAUGCCGACCCUGACUAUUCGGCGGAAUUUGCCCUAGCAUUGGCUGUCAUCACAACAUUUGCCGCAUCAAGAACAACUGCUGAAAGUGGCUUGCAUAUAAAGGUGGCAACUAUGUCAUGGGAAUGCAUCCACCAAGUCACCAAAGAGCUGUUCGAGAGCCACAAUCUCAAUUUUUGCGAAUUCUCGUUCCGCAGAUCUGACCCCGAGCCAAUAGAGCCUGUGCUUCUCAAGAAGAUGGCCCCAGACCUGCUUAAGUAUGCUACGGUGUCGCCUGCUCAUGACUUUGGGCACCUAUGCCUACGUUUUCGGGACGCAAUGCAUGAUGCUGAGGAUCUGGAUGAUUGGAACACCAGGCCAUCACACUGGGAUCCUUGGAUCGGAACAUCCAACACAAAAGGAAACUGUAGUUUCAGUCCAGCAAGGUUAGGACAGCCUGGAGCCAAAAGGGAAAUGCUUCAUGUGGAUGCAAACUCAAGAAUAGCAGAAAGCUUUCCCUUCUACCAUUCUGUCAGCAUUCUUGCGAGUCCUACGAUCCGUCGAGUCAUCUUCGAUCGCCGUUCUCAUCAGUUAUUGUAUACCUUUCUGUGGGUCUCAGCUUCGGAAGAGCUUCAGCAAUUUUCUUGGCGUUCCCGGGUUGAGAGUUAUAAUUGCAAUGUUCUGUACCUCGAUCACUUCAAGCGGCAUCGCGCGACAGAACGUCGAAUGAAAAUCCGAAAUGAACACGCCGAAGGAUUCAUGGCUGCUCUUACAGAGUUUACUGGGUGGCCUUCAGCUGUUUGGAACUUAGUCAGAAUUACUCAACAGAAGGACCGCGUUUUCUUUCAUACUCGUCAUCGCUUGCUCUUCCAAGGAAUUACGAGUGAUGGGCAAGGGGCACUCCAAUUACCACCCAGAUUGGCUACCGCCGAGGCAUUCUAUGCUCUUCUGCCAGUAGUCAAUUAUGAUUGGCGUGUCGCUCAUUUCCUCAGCAUGCGCUCGACCCCCUUCAUCACCAUGAUAAAAGCACAUCUUGCCCCGAUCUUAACAGCGGGAAAUGGACUCCUGGAACUGCUCCAUGUCCAGAGAUUUGACUCGGGGACUAAGAAGGCAAUCCGAGACUGUUUAAAUCAAUGCUCCCUGGUAUGUGGUGCCGAAGCCUGGGUACGUCGUAGCACCCUAUGGGCAGCGAAAGGCCUAGCGGACAUGGUUGAUGGACGAGCGUGCCCUGAGGCCACUGUCCCUAUCGCUAAUGGUAGCAUUCGAGUUCUCGCAGUUGCUUCUGCAUGUUUGUCGGAAUUCAAUCAACUCCUCAACAAAGUCUUACGCAAGAACAAUAUCGUAGUAGAGGAAUUAGCCACCGUCCAGGUAUCUGUGAAUGAAGCAGAUUACAAACAGAUAUCGCGAGACCUUCUGCAAGCAUAUUCACACCAAGUGACUUUUACAUUCAAAAAGAAUUUGAAAGAGGGGGAAUUACCGAGGUUGUACGACUUUUUCACAAAGAGGCCUCUCGAAUGCAAUUUGAAUCUUGCGGUGAUCGAUUGGGACUAUCUUUUCGGUCAAGAAAACAAGGUUUUUGGUGUUUAUACGCAUUUGAAGCGUUUGGCAAAUGGAGGGACCACUGUUUGCAACUGGACUUGGAUUCCUUCUGGAGUAUGGGAGGAAGUCAAAGAAAAAAUGGAAAAGAUUCGGGAGGAGAAGCCAAUCAAGGAGGAGAAGAAUAGAGAUGAGUUUUGGCAGAAUAAUUUUUAGCCUCGUCAGGCUCACGAAGGCAGAAUGAGCCAUUAUUUGAUCAUCACAUAGCUGUAGAAAAGAGCCUAGCU